AUGAUCAAGAGACGGACCCGACCACAAGUUCGCGUCAGAGAGACAUCAGAGGAGGUCAACGACUCACAAGACAAUCAACAGGGAUCCGCAGACGAAGAAGAAGACAAAUCACUUCCACUUUCUGAGCUUCUCGAACUUCGCAAACUACGUAGAUCAAGGCAAGGCAUCGAUGUACAGAAACUCUCCAGGGGCGAUGCGAAGAGGAAGAAGCGGCGUGAUAUUGACGAGGACGAGCACCAUGAUAUAGGCGGGUUGAAGCCGGGGGCUAAACUGGACGACGAAGACGGAGGUAUCGAUGCCAAGGCUAGGCGCGCCGUCAGAACCAACAACUUCACGCAGCAGACCAACACGGUGGAUGUAGACAAGCACAUGAUGGCAUAUAUCGAGGAGAAUCUGAUGAUCCGUAGUCGACCGCCAGACCCUUCAGAGUCCAAGUCGAAAGACGCCAGUGCUCAGGACGAGUUCACACUCUCAGAGCGGUGGAAGAUAGAGAAGAAGAUUGCAAAUGAAGGAAGCGUCACCGCUAGCAUGUCCAUGCUCACAGCUAUACCCGAGGUUGAUCUCGGCAUGGACACUCGACUCAAGAAUAUAGAAGAGACGGAGAAAGCGAAACGUCAGGUCGCUGAGGAACGUAAAGAGCAUAAGAAAGUGGAUAAUGACGAGGAGCAUCUAGUCGCCACACGCUUCUACCGUCCGCACAUCAAGCAGAAGUCUGAUGCGGAAAUCAUGAGAAACGCGAAGUUGCAGGCUAUGGGGUUGCCUGUGCCAGAGGAGCGCCGACCCCGUAACGACCGGCCACAGAUGGCUACAGAUGAUAUAGUUAUGGAAAGAUUUAAGAAGAGGAUGCGAAGAUAA